AUGGAAGAAGUCAGACGGAUCUUCGUCGAGUUUUCUCCAUCCCCUGCGGUAUACCCGUCACCCAAGGCUUACGAUGUCGCCGCUAAAAGCUAUGCGGCAUGCGUAACAAGGCUCUCCAUCAGCAUACAGACUGCGAUCCAACUCAAUCCGGUCGAGGCUCUCCAGCUACUCGAUCCCUCUACCAACUCUAUUGGAUGCCUUUCGAUAAUCGAUACCCUCCUUCGCGGCUCUAUUCCCGAGACUAUUCCUCGCUCGCUGAUACUAGAUGGGGCUGUUCGAUUCCUAUUAGGGUUUGACCCAAUACAGAUACGAUAUGUUGGAGCACUGUUUCGUUCGUUGCUAGAAGAUCUCGGCAGCUUCUUUUCACCCCUAGUUGCAGUGGAACUGCUGGCAAACGCAAUUCUUCGAAUCGACCCGAGCGGAUCCGUAUUUACAUCAACACACUUGAUCAUGGUGAAGUUAGCCUACGAUACCAACUGUAUCGAGCCCGCCCUCAAGGUUCUCGAUGCCGACAUCCUCUUCUACCCGCGGAACUCACAGCCCGCGCGACCUGAGAAUGCAAAGCACCUAUACGAUGCCGAAGCCGAGCCUUAUAUCUACAUUGCCUCAGCUAGUCUUACAGAUGCCAUCAAGAGCACUUCCAUUCUCGAAUACCACCUCCUCCAAGCCAUGGUGUACAUAUCAAGAAAGGACUGGCCCAAAGCACAAGUAGCAUUAGAGCGAGUGAUUGGGCAUCCGACCAAGGAUAAGGCAGUGAGCAAAAUCAUGGUGGACGGCUACAAAAAGUGGGUGCUGGUAGGGCUGCUAAGAGAAGGAAGACCUCCCAGCUUCCCUUCCUACGUCACCAGCGCUACAAAGUCGACAUACAAUGGGGUAGGCGAAGCCUAUAACACUAUUGCGUCGUUGUUCACGACGGAUGGCGCUUCAGCGCUCAAGGAAGAAUUUGAUAAAGGACGAUCAACCUGGGAAGAAGAUUUGAACUUGACACUGCUUGAAGAGGCGAUUGUCUCGUAUCAGAAGUGGCAGGUUAUCAACCUCCGCCGCAUAUACCACCAAGUCUCCAUUUCCCAAAUCCGGCAGAUGACUUUGAGCGCUCAAACAGCUGAGACGCUAAAGGAUGACGAGGAAGUUCUCCUGCUGGUCAGCGACAUGAUUGAAUCCGGCAUGCUCAAGGGCCAGCUUCAAAUUGGACCCACGGCUGGGGAAAGCUAUGUGACGUUUCACGAAGAACAUGCCUUGAUGACGGAGGCUGAGUUUGCGGCCGAGGUGGCCCGUAGCCAUAACAGCAUUCAGGUACUAACGAAACAGUACCGAGUGACGAACGAGCGACUUGGCUCCACAAAGGACUACGCGCGACAUCUGAUUCGCGAGCACAAACGAAUGGAGAAAGACCUUGCAGAUGCGGGUGUCGGCUUCGAUUCCCAUAUAGAGGACGAAGAUCUGAUGACGGGCGUGCUGGGCGGUGCUUAG